AUUUCUAGGGUUUGGAGGUACCAUUCACUAUUAUACUUUGUGCUCACAAAGUAACAAAUGGAACUUGUGGUCCUCUCUCUCUCACACACACACGCUUCUCUUCCUUUUUCUACACCUUUGCUGUUUGAUCAAUGUUUUCAUUUUAGCCUGCUUCUCCUUUGAAUUUAACAUCUUCCUUCUCCUCUCAUUUCUUUGCUUCUCCUUUCGUCGGAAAAAUAUGGAAUCAGGCAGAGGUCAUGGAAAGAGGAUCUUGGUGAAAUACGAGGAAGAGGAAGAGGAGGAGGAGGAAGAAGAAGAAAGUAGGAGUGGGACACCAUCUAUAGUGGAUGGUGAGGAUGAGAGGAGAGAUACAGUGAUGAUGAUGAAUAGUACUGCUCCUCCUCCUACAGGGAGAAGAUCUGGUGCAGGAGGGUCUACAGCAGGGCCAUGUUGUAAGGUAGAUUGUUGCAAUGCUGACUUGAGUGAUUUAAAGCAAUACUACCGCCGCCACAAGGUCUGUGACGUUCAUGCCAAGGCUCCGGCGGUGUUCAUGGGUGGAAUCCGGCAGCGCUUUUGCCAGCAGUGUAGCAGGUUUCACAGCCUAUCGGAGUUUGAUGACCGUAAAAGGAGUUGUCGCCGGCGAUUAGCUGGACACAAUGAGCGGCGUCGGAAGACCUCCCUACAAUAACAUGGACAUGGAGGCGGCAUUUCUAAUUAAUUUAGUACUUGUUUGGAUGUGUUUUUUAAAUAACUGAAAGCGCUUUUGUUGAAAAUGUUUUUAGAACUAAUCCUUAGUAAAAAUGCAAGUAAAUUCUGAAAAGCACUUAAAGUGCUUCCUGGAAGAAGUACAUAAUUAGUGCUUAUUGCAGAAAACAUUUUAAGUGCUUUUAGAACCAAAAAAUAUUUUCUUUAAAAGUACUUUUAACCAUUUUAAAAACACAUCCAAACGAGCUCUUAUUAGUUUCCAUCUAGCAUACGAUAAGCUCCCUAUCUUCUGUCAACCCUCGGCCUUCCCCCCCCCCAGUGUGCAUUAAUUAAGGAAGAUUGACUUACUUUUAACCAUUUUAAAAACACAUUCAAACGAGCCCUUAUUAGUUUCUACUAAGCAUACGAUAAGCUCCCUAUCUUCUGUCAACCCUCGGCCUUCAUUAUACGUAUGCACCACUGAAACUCCCACACCCCACCCCCCGGGCCCCCCGGUAUGCAUUAAUUAAGGAAUAUUGGCUUCUUUGCUAGCACAAUUUUGAACCUUGAAAUUGUGCUUCAUGAUUCUUGGCUGUGAUUUGAAACAACCCUACCACUUGAUCUGUUCAGUUGGUAACGAUAAUUCUUGUUUUCUUCACAUGCUUUAAUUUGUCACUAACUUUUAUCAUACAUUAUCAUGGUAUUUUGUCCUAAGAUCUUUCUUAUUAUUAUGUUAUGAAUAACAUGUACGUGAAAUGAACCGUCACAGUGUUCGUUAAUAUUACCAAUCUAAUUAUGUUUAGCAUGUAUUUUACUUGUUGAUACCAAUAUAGCCACAAAUAUGAACACAUUCACUCA